AUGGCUUAUACCACCUUUUCGCAGCCACCUGGCACGCAGCCACCCUUUCGACAGCUGUCAAACGACGCAGCACGAAAUGCAGAGAAGGCUAUGACGACAUUGGCUCGUUGGAGAGCGGCAAAGGAAACGGAGACCGGCAAACAGGAACGCCGGCCUUACCUGGCCUCGGAGUGCACCGAUCUGCCACAGUGCGAAAAGUGGCGCCUGGAGAUCAUUAGAGAAAUUUCAAAGAAAGUAGCACAGAUACAAAAUGCCGGUUUGGGCGAGUUCCGUAUCCGCGAUCUUAACGACGAGAUUAACAAGCUGCUACGCGAGAAGCGGCACUGGGAGAAUCAAAUCUCGGAUCUCGGAGGACCACACUACCGGCGCUAUGGGCCACGAAUGUUUGACGCCGAUGGACGCGAGGUACCGGGCAACCGUGGCUACAAAUACUUCGGUGCCGCUAAAGAUUUGCCGGGAGUACGAGAACUGUUUGAGCAAGAACCACCGCCACCGCCGAAGAAAACCCGUGCCGAACUGAUGAAAGACAUCGAUGCAGAUUACUACGGAUAUCGGGAUGAUGAUGACGGCGUCCUACUGCCUCUGGAGGAGAAGGCGGAAAAGGCUGCCGUACAGCGAGCGGUGGAAGAGUGGAAGCAGAACAGCGCCAAGGGUGCCGAAAGUAUCACCGAGGUAGUUGAGGACGAACCCGAUAUUUAUGGAUCAGAUGCGUACAUUACGCGUGAUGCCGAGAAAGAAGUGCGAGACGAUCCGAUGGGGCUGCUGGGACCACGGCGGUUUACUGCGCACGUUCCGGUGCCUAGCCAACAGGACAUCGAGGCCGCCCUGCUGAAAAAACGGAAGUUGGAACUGAUGAAAAAGUAUGGCAUAGAUGACGAUGAGCAAAUGUGA